AUGGUCGGCGCCGCGAGCAUCGAGACGCCGCUGCUGAAGGUGCCGUACGAGUCGCUUAAGCGCGCGGCCAAGGACCGCAAGACCGUCGUGGACGACGCCAGCCGCGUGCUGUCGGACCUGGCCAGCGAGGGCGGCGCGGACCUGCGGGCGAUGUCCGGGGAGCAGCGCGUGCAGGCGCUGGACAAGCUCGUCGUGCGGCUCCAGGGCAUCAAGCGCAAGCUGGACGAAAUAUCCAGGACGGAGCAGGAAUGUGCGCACAAAUGCCAUGUGCGGCUGCGCCACCUGGUUGAACUGGGGGAGCCAGAAGAGGACCAAGUUGUGGCAUGGAACAUGGAGCGCUUUGAUUGCAUCCUGGUGGACCAUAUGCUUCGUACGGGCUGCCACAACUCAGCAUUUUGUUUAGCGAAAAGUUCCAACAUUGAGGACCUGGUAGACAGCAACGUCUUUCUCAGCGCUCGGAGGGUAGUGGAGGGUUUAAAACGUCACGACUGUGCAGAGGCGCUGGCCUGGUGUGCCGCAAACCAGGCGAAGCUCAGGAGGAACAAGUCAAAAUUGGAGUUCAAGCUCCACGUGCAGGUUUUCAUUGAGUAUGUCAGGCAGGAGCGGAUGCUCGAUGCCAUUGCCUAUGCCAGGAAGCACCUAUCCCAGUGGGCGUCGCUGUACAUGGAGGAGCUGCAGCGGGCUAUCGCCGCAUUGGCAUUCAGGGGCACAACCACCUGUCCACGGUAUUUGGAGCUGUUUGAUGACUCGCAGUGGGACCAGGUCAUCAACUUGUUCCACGCUGACCUGUUCAAGCUCAACUGCCUGACGCCAGAGUCCCUGCUUACCAUCCACUUGCAAGCAGGCUUGUGUGCCCUCAAGACUCCACAGAGCUACGAGCAAGGCUGUAGUGGAGAAGACCCGCUCUGUCUGCCGGUUUUCCAGAAACUUGCUGAGGGGCUGCCAUACGCGAAGUAUGACAGGUCCAGACUUGUGUGCAGCGUGACCAGGGAGGUCAUGAACGAGCAAAACCCUCCAAAUGUGCUGCCAAACGGCUAUGUAUACAGCCAAGCUGCAAUUGAUGGGCUGAAGGACAUCAGCGGAAAGGUUACCUGCCCAAAGACAGGUGAUGUGUGCGACGAGUCAGACGUGCGUCGGGUAUUUGUGCUGUGA